AUGUGGACUCGUUUGCACUCAUGUGGACUCGUUUGCACUCAUGUGGACUCGUUUGCACUCAUGUGGACUCGUUUGCACUCAUGUGGACUCGUUUGCACUCAUGUGGACUCAUUUGCACUCAUGUGGACUCGUUGGCACUCACGUGGACUCGUUGGCACUCAUGUGGACUCGUUGGCACUCACGUGGACUCGUUGGCACUCAUGUGGACUCGUUGGCACUCAUGUGGACUCGUUUGAACUCAUGUGGACUCGUUUGCACUCAUGUGGACUCGUUGGCACUCACGUGGACUCGUUUGCACUCACGUGGACUCGUUUGCACUCAUGUGGACUCGUUGGCACUCAUGUGGACUCGUUUGCACUCAUGUGGACUCGUUGGCACUCAUGUGGACUCGUUGGCACUCAUGUGGACUCGUUUGCACUCACGUGGACUCGUUGGCACUCAUGUGGACUCGUUUGCACUCAUGUGGACUCGUUUGCACUCAUGUGGACUCGUUUGCACUCAUGUGGACUCGUUUGCACUCAUGUGGACUCGUUUGCACUCAUGUGGACUCGUUUGCACUCAUGUGGACUCGUUUGCACUCAUGUGGACUCGUUUGCACUCAUGUGGACUCGUUUGCACUCAAGUGGACUCGUUUGCACUCAUGUGGACUCGUUUGAACUCAUGUGGACUCGUUUGCACUCAUGUGGACUCGUUUGCACUCAUGUGGACUCGUUUGAACUCAUGUGGACUCGUUUGCACUCAUGUGGACUCGUUUGCACUCAUGUGGACUCGUUUGCACUCAUGUGGACUCGUUUGAACUCAUGUGGACUCGUUUGCACUCAUGUGGACUCGUUUGCACUCACGUGGACUCGUUUGCACUCAUGUGGACUCGUUUGCACUCACGUGGACUCGUUUGCACUCAUGUGGACUCGUUUGCACUCAUGUGGACUCGUUUGCACUCAUGUGGACUCGUUUGCACUCAUGUGGACUCGUUUGAACUCAUGUGGACUCGUUUGCACUCAUGUGGACUCGUUUGCACUCAUGUGGACUCGUUUGCACUCAUGUGGACUCUCAUGGGGACUCGUUUGCACUCAUGUGGACUCGUUUGCACUCACGUGGACUCGUUUGCACUCACGUGGACUCGUUUGCACUCAUGUGGACUCGUUUGCACUCAUGUGGACUCGUUUGCACUCAUGUGGACUCGUUUGCACUCACGUGGACUCGUUUGAACUCAUGUGGACUCGUUUGCACUCAUGUGGACUCGUUUGCACUCAUGUGGACUCGUUUGCACUCAUGUGGACUCGUUUGCACUCAUGUGGACUCGUUUGCACUCAUGUGGACUCGUUUGCACUCAUGUGGACUCGUUUGCACUCAUGUGGACUCGUUUGA